UAUGGCUGUUCUGAGAGGAACGUCGGUUCUCCGGUGCUUGGUUCUCUUCUGGUGCUUCCUCCUUCCUGUGGAGGUCAUCAGUUGGCCAGCCUCACAGCAGCUUCCGCAGUCUCUGCGACCGGGGACCCCGCGACCGGCGCCGGUCCGGCAGAACCUGUCAGAGAGCGUCGAGAGCAAAGUGGAACGUUUGGGUCAGGCCUUCAGACAGAAAGUUCGCCUCCUCCGGGAGCGCAGCGGUCGGCUCGACCUGGUGUUUCUCGUGGACGAAUCCUCCAGCGUCGGGGCGGCUAAUUUUCAGAGCGAACUUCGGUUUGUGCGCAAGCUGCUGUCGGACUUUCCCGUGUCGCCCGAGCACACUAGAGUGGCAGUGGUCACAUUCUCGUCCAAGACUCACGUGGUGACCCGCGUGGACUACAUCUCGGCUCCGCGAUCCCAUCAGCAUAAAUGCUCACUGUUCAACAAGGAGAUCCCAGCCAUCACCUACCGUGGUGGGGGCACCUUUACCAGAGGUGCCUUCCAACGGGCUGCACACAUCCUGCGUAACUCCAGGGAGAAUGCGACGAAAGUCAUCUUCCUCAUCACCGAUGGCUACUCUAACGGCGGAGACCCGCGGCCUGUCGCGGCGGCUCUUCGGGAGAGAGGGGUGGAAAUAUUCACCCUGGGAAUUUGGCAGGGGAACAUCCGUGAGCUACACGACAUGGCCUCUCACCCUAAAGACCAGCACUGUUACCUCGUCCACAAUUUCGCCGAAUUUGAAGCGCUGGCCCGACGAGCACUACAUGAAGAUCUCCCCACUGGAAGUUACAUACUGGAGGAUCAAUCCCGGUGCUCUUCCCUGUGUGAGGCAGGCAGAGACUGCUGUGAUCUGAUGGCGAGCUGCAAAUGUGGCACACACACAGGCCAGUACGACUGCAUCUGUGAAAAAGGACACUACGGCAAGGGACUGCAGCACGAGUGCACAGCAUGUCCGGCGGGAACGUAUAAGCCAGAGGCGACACCUGGGGGUCUGGGUACCUGUCUCCCCUGCCCUGAUCCAAACCACACCUCUCUGCCAGGCAGCACCACUCCCUCAGACUGUGUCUGCAUGCAGGGAUACAGACUGCUCAACAACACCUGCCAAGUGGUAGAGUGUCCAGUGCUAACUCCUCCAGAGAACGGUUUCUUCAUCCAAAACGUUUGUAAUAACCAGUACAACUCGGCCUGCGGCGUGCGCUGUCUGCCAGGCUUCGACCUGCGAGGCAGCAGCAUCAGACUCUGCCAGCCUGAUGGGACAUGGUCUGGAUCAGAACCCAGCUGCAGCGUGCGCUCAUGUCCAACGCUCCCUACAAUGCGGCAUGGAUGGCUGAACUGUUCAAAGAAUGGCUCCCCCAACAGGCAGGAGUGUGAAGUGCACUGUGAAAAAGGUUACAGGCUGGAAGGCAGGGCCAGACUCACCUGUCAGGCUAAUUCUCAGUGGAGCAGACCCCUACCACGGUGUGUGGAGGUGCGGUGUCCUCCCAUAGGCACUCUGAGACACAGAUCCUUUGUCGCCCCUGACUGUGGAGAGGGGGUGGUGAGGAGUGGAACCACCUGCAAGUUAACCUGCUUACGAGGUUACCGUCUCCAUGGCGACCCACUGGUGCACUGUCUGCCCUCUGGAGAUUGGAGUGAGAACCUACAUAAAGCCACAUGCACAGAUUCGGAGCCUCCGUGGAUUCAGUGCCCAGGCGACGUUGUCACGGAAACGGACAAGCGUCAAGGUUCCGCCAACAUCACUCUAAACGCGCCCAGUUUGCGGGACAACUCUGGCGAAGAGGUGGUGGUUCAGGUGACGCCCAUCCUAAGCCCCGCCCAGCCCUUUCCCAUUGGACAAGAGUUGAUCACUUACACGGCCACAGAUCGGGCAGGAAACAAGGCCAGUUGUUCUUUCACUGUUACAGUAAUAGAUAUGGAGCCUCCUUUGAUUGACAGGUGUCGGUCCCCACCCGCCAUCCAGGCCACAGACACAGAGACCGCUGUUUUCUGGGAGGAGCCGGAGUUUUCCGACAAUACAGGUGCUCAGUUAAAUAUCUCCAGCACCCAUUCCUCUGGGUCUCUGUUCCCUGUCGGAGAGACUGUGGUCUACUACACGGCCAACGACCCAUCCGGCAACAGCCGCACGUGUGAGCUCGUCAUCACUGUCCAAGGCUCAACGUGUGAUCAGCCGUUUGUGCCGGUGAACGGCAAUUUCUCCUGCAGAGAGGAGGAUGAGGGUGUGAACUGCACCCUCGUCUGUAAAGAUGGCUACAGUCUUGCUCAGGAUGCUGUUCGCAGCUAUUUCUGUGCCAAUAACGGGGUGUGGAUUCCAUCCCGAGCUAACGACAGACCAGACUGCUCCCUCAAUAGAAUUGCCAACAAUGGAUUCAAACCCUUUGAGGUGCUUUUCAAAGCCUCACGAUGUGAUGAUGUGGACCUGCUCAAGUCCUUCACUGGGGAGUUUUCCACAACUAUGGGAGAUACGGUCCCUAACAUCUGCAGUGGAGAUGACAUUGCCUGUAAACUAGAAGUGCUUUCACAGGGACAGUGCCUUGAGUACAACUAUGAUUAUGAAAAUGGAUUUGCCAUUGGUCCCGGAGGGUGGGGCAGUAAUUGGGGCUCUCAGAACGGCCAGGACUACGCCUACUUUGACUCUGGCUUCGCCACAGACCGACAGCCUCUACAGAGAGACGAUCCAUCCCGACAUAACCCGCACCUGAGAGCCAAAAGACAUCGCAAGAUUACAGGCCCAACCCGAGACCAGAAGAUUCAGAUCCUCUUCAACAUAACAGCAAGCAUUCCACUGCCAUUGGCCAGGAACGACUCAGUGGAGGUGACCAAUCAGAAACGGUUGCUGAGGACCCUGGAGCAGCUGACCAAUAGGCUGAAGAGGACUUUGAGCAAGCAGCCACUCUCCACAUUCCAUGUGGCAUCUGAGAUGAUUGUGGCUGACCCCAAAUCUCUGGAGAGCAAGAAGGCCUCGCUUUACUGUAGGCCCGGCUCAGUGCUCAAAGGCAGAAUGUGUGUCCAGUGUCCGGUAGGGACGUACUACUCUCUGGAAUAUGCUGAGUGUGAGAGCUGUUGGAGAGGGUCUUAUCAGGAUGAGGAAGGCCAGCUGGAGUGCAAAACCUGUCCCGAUGGAUAUUCCACUGCCUAUCUGCACUCUCGCAGCCUGUCUGAGUGUAAAGCACAGUGCCAGCCGGGCACGUCAUCCGUCAGUGGUCUGGAGACAUGCGAGUCAUGCCCACUUGGGCAGUACCAACCUGGAUUUGGUUCCAGAUCCUGCCUGCCCUGCCCUGAACACACCUCCACGGUGAACAGGGGUUCUGUGGAUGAGACUGAGUGUGGAGUGCCCUGUUCUGCGGGACAUUUUUCUCGCACGGGUCUGGUACCUUGCUACCCCUGUCCCAGAGACUACUAUCAGCCAGAGGAGGGGCGCUCCUACUGCCUGUCCUGUCCGUUCUAUGGCACAACCACGGUGACAGGGGCUAAAGCCAUACAGCAAUGCUCCACCUUUGGCUCCAGUUUCCUAUCUAAAGAGGAGAGUGUAACGACAGCUCCUGAAGUGUUGGUGAGAGAGGACUACCAGGCCAGUAGCCAGGUGUUUCACGAGUGUUUCCUUAACCCGUGUCAGAACAAGGGCACGUGCGAAGAGGUGGGGGUCGGAUAUAUCUGCACCUGUCCGCCGGGGUUCACAGGCGCGAAGUGCGAGAACGAUAUCGAUGAGUGCGAGUCGUUGCCGUGCCUGAAUGGAGGGCUUUGCACAGAUGGCAUGGGAGAUUUCCAGUGUCACUGCCAGCCUGGUUUUGUAGGUUUGGUCUGUGAGGCGGAGGUUAACGAGUGCAGCUCUUCACCCUGUCUGAAUGAUGGAGUGUGCGUGGACGAGGUCAAUCAUUUUACCUGCAGCUGCACCGAAGGCUUCACAGGUACACGUUGUGAAUUAGAGAUUGAUGAAUGUGUCUCCAGUCCCUGUCAGAAUGAAGGAAUUUGCAAGGACUUGGAGGGGGGUUACUCUUGCAUCUGCACACAUGGCUUCACUGGUGACAACUGUGAGAUAAAUACCGAUGAGUGUCAUAGCGCCCCCUGCCUGAACGGAGGUGUCUGUAUUGAUGGAGUGGAUGAUUUCAGGUGUGAGUGUGCCAGUGGGUACAGAGGACGACUGUGCCAGGUUGAUGUGGAUGAAUGUGACCCUAACCCAUGUAUGAAUGGCGCCACCUGCCAGGAUGGCCCAGGCUACUACACCUGCCAGUGCCCUCCUGGGUUCAACGGAACCAGGUGUGAGACAGAGAUGUCCCCCGCCUUUAACAUGGACUUUGAAGUCUCUGGUAUCCACGGUUACGUGAUGAUGGACGGGGUCAUGCCCUCUCUGACGCAGAUCACAUGCACAUUUUGGAUGAGGUCCUCAGACACUAUGAACUACGGCACACCUGUCUCAUACGCAGUAGAGGGCGGAAGUGACAACGCUUUUCUGCUCAUUGACUACAACGGUUGGGUGCUUUACGUGAACGGUAAAGAGAGGAUCACGGACUGCCCUGCCGUGAAUGACGGGCGGUGGCACCAUAUCGGUGUGUCUUGGCGCAGCACGGACGGCGACUGGAGAGUUUACAUCGACGGAAGCCCCUCGGACGGAGGGAAGGGUCUUUCGGUCGGCACUACCAUCCCAGGAGGUGGCGCUCUAGUUCUGGGACAGGAUCAGGACCAGCGAGGAGAGGGUUUCAACCCUGUGGAGUCGUUUGUAGGCUCCCUCAGUCAGCUGAACAUCUGGAACUAUGUUCUCACCCCACAGCAGAUCAGAUCUCUGGCUACCAGCUGUCCAGAGGAACUCCUAAGAGGCAAUGUGUUUGCUUGGCCUGAUUUCCUCAGAGGGGUCAUAGGCAGGGUCAAGACCAGCUCCAAGAGUAUGUUCUGCUCAGACUGCCCUCUGCUGGAGACUGCCGUUCCUAAUCUGCGCGUGUCCAGUCAGGCUGUAAGUCCUGGAGCUCAGGUCCAGCUUUCCUGUGAUCCUGGAUUCUACCUGGUGGGGGAGCCAGUGCAGCAGUGCCAGAACCGGGGUGAAUGGAGUCAUGCCUUGCCACGGUGUGAACGUGUUAACUGUGGUGCCCCCCCUCCUCUGGAGCAUGGCUUUUACCAGGGGAAAGAUUUUUAUGCUGGGAAUUCAGUGGUUUACCAGUGUAAGCCUGGUUUCUACCUACUGGGAGAGGCUAAGAUGUUGUGUGCUAACAGUGGGAAGUGGGCUGGCAACCCUCCCGCCUGUCUGGAUGUGGAUGAAUGUGCAUUAGGAUCUGACUGUGAUGAACACGCCAGCUGCCAAAACACGGACGGUUCACAUAUCUGCACAUGUAUAUACCCCUACAGUGGAGAUGGGAAGAACUGCACAGAACCUGUGAAAUGUAAAGAUCCUGGUUUCCCAGAGUUUGGUCACCGUGACGGCAGCAACUUUAUCAUGGGCAGUGAGGUGGUGUUCUCCUGUGAGGAAGGCUAUGAGCUGAUUGGCUCAUCCCGUAUGGCCUGUUCUGACUCAGGAACUUGGGAAGGAACAUACCCUCACUGCAGAGCUCUCUCUUGUAAACCGCCUAAAGUCCCAGAAUAUGGAAUCAUGAAGGGGACAAACUUCACAUUCAGAAGCAAGGUGACUUUCAGCUGUAAGGAGGGGUAUAUACUCAAAGGUUCGCUAGAAAGCCACUGCCAGGCUAACAUGAAGUGGACUUCACUGCCUCCUGUCUGUCAGCCUGUAACCUGUGGCGAGCCCCCCGCAGUGGACUAUGCUGACUUCACCCUCAGUGGCAAAGUCUAUUUGUCCACUGUGACAUACGCUUGCACCGAGGGAUACCGACUGCAGGGGUCUGGGGAACUGAGAUGUGAGGCAUCUGGACAGUGGACCACUCCUGCCCCUGUUUGUACAAGUGUUCACUGUGGGACUCCUCCUCCCCUGAAGGAUGCCGCGAUCAAGGGGGAUAAUUUCACUUUGGGCUCCCAGGUGCAUUAUGUCUGCAGAGAUGGAUAUACCCUGCUUGGUUCAGAGACUCAGGUGUGUCUCCCAAGUGGUGAAUGGAGCAAGAACCCUGCCCAGUGUGUGCCUCGCUCUUGUGGUCCACCACCCCCUAUAGACCAUGCCAUCUCUGAGUCUGGGCACCAGCUCUUUGGUGACACUGCCUUCUACUUCUGCAACGAUGGCUAUAUAACUGGUAACAACACCAAGAUGCUUUGUAAUGCCCAGGGGGAGUGGGCACCACCUGAUGGCCAGGAAAUACCACACUGCAUCGCCAACUUCUGUCAACGUCCACCUGAUCUUCCACAUGCUAUACUGGCUUCCACCAAAAAGAUUAAGUAUGCUAGCAACACAGAAGUGAGCUACAAAUGUGAAGAGGGCUUUGUGCUCAAUUCUACAGCAACACUGAAAUGCAUGGUGGGAGGUGAGUGGGUGCCCUCGCCAUUUGAAGUGGGUUGCAUGCCCGUCAGAUGCUCCAAGCCAGAGAGCAUUGAGAAGGGAUAUGUCAGUGGGACCAACUUUAGCUUCGGAGCUGUGGUUGCCUAUAGCUGUGACAAGGGCUAUUAUAUAAAGGGAGAAAAGAGAAGGACCUGUAUGGCCAAUGGAGAGUGGGAUGGAGUCCUGCCCACCUGCCAGCCUAUUGCAUGUUCUAACCCUUCUGAAGUGACCAAUGGUUUCAUUGAGGAACCACGAAAAAACAAAAGCCACUACGUGUUCAACAGUAAAGUGAGGUAUGCGUGCAAACCUGGUUACCGGCUCUUUGGGAAAGCUGAACGUGUAUGUCAGGCUAAUAAACAGUGGUCCAGUCCCCCGGUCUGCACGCUCCUAAUCUGUCCCACCCCACCUGACAUCAAGCACGGACAUUACCGUGGCUCUAACUUUGAGGUUGGCAGUAAGGUGGAGUAUAUCUGCGAUGAAGGCUAUAACUUGACAGAAGAGGCCGAGUGGACGUGUCAAGAGAGCGGAGAAUGGGACAAGAGUAAAACUCCUCGCUGCUUGCCACUCAAGUGUCCUGAUCCCCCUGUGGAGGAGAAUCAUCUGGUAAUACGUGGCCAAGACACCGAUUCGGGUACAGUGGAGCUGUCUUGUGAAGAUGGCUAUGUUCUGCACGGGGCCCGCACGCUCCGCUGCACGCCGUCUCAAGAGUGGAAUGACUCCUUCCCUGUAUGCAAGCAAGUUUUCUGUGGGCCUCCUCCACAGGUGUCCUUUGGCGACCCUUCGUCAACUUCCUCCUACUUUGGUAGUGUAGUGACCUACUCCUGCAUGGAUGGUUUCACCCUUAAGAGAGAGUCCUUCGUCAGCUGCCAGGCAGAUGGUCGAUGGAGCCGUCCUCACCCAGAGUGCAUUCCUGUGGAGUGUCCACAGCCUGAGGAGAUUCCGAAUGGCAUUGUAGAUGUUCAAGGCCUCAUGUACUUCAGCACUGCCCGCUAUAGCUGCAGGCCUGGGUAUGACCUAGUGGGUAAUGCUACAGUGCUUUGCGGCCAUAGUGGAGUCUGGAUUGGAGGAGUGCCCGCCUGCCGACCUAUUCAGUGUCCUGCUCCCGAAGAAAUUCCCAAUGGUUCAGCUCAGUACUCACGGCUUGAGUUUAGUCGUUCCAUUACCUAUUCCUGCAACAGGGGCUAUCGCCUCCAGGGAUCAGAGACCCUCACUUGUCUGGAGAAUGGCAUCUGGGACAAGCCCCCUCCGACCUGUGUGCAGAUCUACUGUUCUCCUCCCAAACCUAUUGCCAAUGGCUUUGUGGAAGGAUUGGACCACAAAUUUGGUUCCACUAUUUUCUACAGUUGCAUUCCAGGCUUCCUGCUGAUUGGACAGAAUCACUUGACAUGUGAGGAGAAUGGCUGGUCUAGCUCAGAACCAGUCUGCGCACUGGCCGAAUGUGGCUUGCCACCGCAUAUCGACUUUGGUGAGUACAUAAAGAUCCUUGACCCUUCUGAGUUGGCCAGAGGAGGGAAGCCCACAGACAGAUCCUCAUCAGUAGACACCAGCUUUCUGCAUGGCGCGCUGGUCAUGUACCGCUGUCAUGGUGGGUAUGAGAUGAAUGGUGGGGUUACACUUAUGUGCCAGGAGGAUGGAACGUGGAAUGGAACUGCUCCCAUGUGUGUACCUGCAGAAUGUGAGACACCACCCAGCCCAGAACAUGGCUCAGUGACGGUAACAGACACAGCCUUAGGCAGCCUGGUGGAGUACAGCUGUGAGGAAGGUUAUGAACUAGACGGGCAGACUGUUCGCCAGUGUAUCUCUGGACGCCAGUGGAGCGAUGUGCCACCUCGCUGCGUUCCAGUGUCCUGUGGCGACCCAGGUGGAAUUCUUAAUGGCAAAGUACUAGGAGAUUUUUUCCAAUUCCAGGGAGUGAUCCAGUAUGAGUGCCAUGAUGGAUUUGUCCUACAGGGUGGUGUCAAGAGGACUUGCCAAGCAGAUGGAAAAUGGGAUGGUAAGGCACCGUGGUGCAAGCCUGUGGACUGUGGACCUCCUGUUGUCUCAAGUGAUAUUUCGGUGGCAGGAGAGGACUACACUUUCAACAAGCGACUUUUGUUUAGCUGCAGGACUGGCUUCAGCCUGCAAGGAGAGUCCACCAGCGUUUGCCAGGCUAAUGGAAUGUGGAGCCAUACCUCCACAGUGUGCCGUCCAACGAACUGUGGUCGACCACCAGCCAUCACUAAUGGACGAGUCACAGGGACAGAUUAUGGCUACAAUAGCAAAGUGACAUAUGAGUGUGAUGUGGGCUACACCUUAACAGGAAAUCCAACGCUGGUGUGCAGGAGUGAUGGGCUUUGGGAUGACCCCCCACCGCGAUGUGACAUAGUUACCUGCGACCCGCCUGAGGACAUCAGUCAUGGCUAUUUGAAUGGCUCAAGCUUCAACUUUGACGAUGUUGUGGAGUACAUUUGUUUCCCAGGCUACGAGAUUGUGGGCAGCGCAUUUCUGCGUUGUACAGAAGAAGGCGUCUGGGUCGGGCAGGUUCCAGAGUGCCGACCCUGCGUGUGUAGCCCGCCAGUGCUUAAGUUCGGGGCCGUGCUGGGUCGGGACCACACCUGCGGGGCAAGUGUAUGGUUCCGUUGCGAUGAGGGCUACACCACGCUUGGGCCUGCAGAGGCAGUGUGUCAGAAGGGUGGCAUCUGGAGCCCAGGAGUGCCCAUAUGCAGCAGGGGAAAAUGCUCUACCUCUCCUCCUAACAUACCCAACGCCGUCAUACAAGGUAGCAGCGCUUUUGCUCUAGAUACGGUCACAUACGUGUGCAGGCCAGGAUACCAUAUGAGGGGCUUCCCUCACCUUAGCUGUGGAAGGGCUGGGCGUUGGGCACAACCUCGUCUCUACUGUGAGCCAGCGUCCUGUGGAACUCCCCCGAUCAUCCCAAACGCGAAGGUUGUUGGAAAUAGAUUCACAUACGGCAGCCGUGUCCAAUACAGGUGUAUAGAUGGUUUUGAGCUUGCCACUCAAACAGAUUCACUCAGUUGUCAGAGUGAUGGUACCUGGUCCACACACAGUGUCAGAUGUCAACCGCAGCCAUGCAGUCUCCCUGCCAACCUGACUGAUCUCAUCAUAACAGGAGAUCAGCUAACACCUGUAGGGGGCACUGUUACUCUUUCUUGUAGACCAGGGCUCUUACUGGAAGGACCAGAACUGUCUGAAUGUGGGCUCGGUGGGAUCUGGUCUCCAAGCUUCUCCUCGAGCUCCUGUGUGUCUGUUGUCUGUGAAAAGCCCAACCCUGUCCUCCAUGGCAACGUCGAAGGUGAAAGCUACAAUUAUGGGGACAUGAUUAUGUAUACAUGUCUUCCUGGGUUUGAACUACAGGGUGACUCUGUACGGAUAUGUCAGGAUGAUAAAACCUGGACUGGAGUCCGGCCAGUGUGUGUUGCAGUCUCGUGUGGACCACCACCACUGGUGCAGAAUGCUGUUGCCCAGACAGUGGGGAAGGCAUACGGAGACAUCGUCAGCUAUGAGUGCAAACCAGGGUUUCAUCUGAAUGGUCAAAAUACACUCACUUGCCAAGCUGAUGGUACAUGGAGUUUGCCAACUCCAGUUUGUGAGGUUCCUAGCAGCUGUGAGAGCCCUGAGGACUUUUUGGGAGGAAAGGUGCAGGAACGUAAUCUCGGCAGCGGGAGAGCUCUUGAGUUUCUCUGUGAUAAGGGCUACACUCUACAGGGAGAGUCACUGGUUGUUUGCAUGGGCAAUGGCUCCUGGAGCUCAGCCUUCCCUGUCUGCACACCCAAGUCCUGUCCCCCUCCUCCAGGCUGGUCGGAGGACAGGAACAACGCCUCUCAGACAGUUUUCUUGGUCGGCCAAUCAGUUCCCAUCAGAUGUCCAAAAGGUCACCAGGCCAAAGGCACAGUCACCAUAACCUGCAGGAGCGAUCAGACAUGGAGCUCUGUCAGCGGAGUAUGUGAAAGGGUGUCCUGCGGCCCGCCCCUCCAUGUGGCCAAUGGGGUGGUGCGAGGGGCGGUCUUCCAGUUUGGGGAUGUGGCGCUGUACUCCUGUUUCAGAGGGUACAACAUGGAAGGCAGCAGCAGAAGUGUGUGUCUAGAGAAUGGGACAUGGACUCCGCCUCCCACCUGCAGAGCUUUGUGUUGGCUACAAUGCCAAAACGGAGGUGUGUGUCAGAGGCCUAAUACAUGCUCCUGUCCUGAGGGUUGGAUGGGUCGUCUGUGUGAAGAACCGAUCUGCAUCCUGCCGUGUUUGAAUGGGGGACGCUGUGUUGCACCAUAUCAGUGUGAGUGCCCUACAGGCUGGACAGGCACACGUUGCCACAGUGCUGUCUGCUCCUCACCCUGUUUGAAUGGGGGCAGGUGUAUCAGGCCAAAUCGGUGUCACUGCAGCCCUGGCUGGAGUGGGCACGACUGCUCCAGGAAAAGAAAAUCUGGAUAUUUUCAUUUUUAAGAAGCCACUCAAAGAAGUUCUGUCCUCUCAAGUGAUGGUUUCCGCAGCCAUGUCACAGAUUUGCAGACAAGGUGUUUUCUCUCUUCCCCAGAAAAAAUCCAAAUAAAUGUUUUGUAAAAUAAAGCUGUAUUUUUUCAUAUAGAAAUUAAACAGUGUUAAUUAAAUAUAUGCUGCUA